AUGGCGGUCGACGUGUCUCAAUUUGUGGUAAAGACAAUUUCUCUCCUAAGUUUAGAAAGGGAAGCUGAAAUCGAGGAGACAAAAUCUCUUCAAGAGAAUGUCAGUCCAAAGGAGCUUCAAAGAAGGGGCGUUUGUCUGUUGAAACUUCGUAUCCGAAGCCGAAGGACGGGCUUGUAUGGACGACUUCUUCUGACCUUCGAGAUAAAUAAGCCUGGCUCUGAUGGCAAACUCCCGACACAUUCUUUAACACCUGGCAAGUAUUGUUUCUUUAUCUGGUGCAGUGAAAAGUUACAAUCGUUAGCUAUUAACGAGCUCGCCCUGGGCCCAAAUUAUUCGAUGUUCUGGUGGACAAUCUAGCUCCGCUUUUUCAUGAAGAUACAAUCCACAACGUACUACAAUGAAUCAAAUAGAUGUAAUGUUCGAAUUCUCUUUACUCAGGAGACAUAGUGGGACUUAGUUGGUUGAAUUCCAAUCAAGCAGCAAGUGAUAUUGCCUCUGGAAUUGUAAGCCGUGUUUCCCAGACAGUUGUUACUGUAGCAUUUGAUGAAACAGCUGACAACCUCAGUUUUGAUGAUGAUGGUCCAUUUAAACUAAUCAAAUUGGCAAAUGAUGUAACUCACAAAAGAAUCAAGAGGUAAUUAAAUCACUCAGUCAGAAGAUAUUGGUCAUUAUUACUCAGCCAAACCAGUGCACUUUGCUAUGGCUACUACUACUCUUUACCCUUUAAUUCCCAUGAGUGAGCAAGACAGAAUUUCUCAUUACAAUAUCAGUACAAUAUCGAGCAGGUAGGUGAUAAGAAUAAAGACAAAUAUCAAUUAUGGGAUUAUAAGUGGAUCCAAUACCAAAUUAUCUGAAAUAACAUCAUAAGAAUUGUGUGGCAGACAGUAAGGAGAAUUACUAAUGAGAUCUUGGGAGUUAAAGGGUUAACAGUCUUCAUCUGAGAUUAGAGGCCAGACUUUGCCACCAGCUGCACUCACUAUGUCAUGUAAACUUUACAAAUUAUAAAACGAUCUUCACAGGUGAACUUCAAUUAAAGAAAUUGCUUAGGAAUGUGAUUUCUUAACAGGGAACAAACAACCCUCUAAUAUUUGCCUUGCUCUAAACAUGUUGCUUUUAGCUUAGAUGGAAGUAGUAUCCAACUAAUGCCUGUGAGGAUUGAGUUAAAACCCUGUCAAACCAGUUAAUUUUUUCUGCCUUAUUUACCUGUAGAAUAUUAUUAUUUCAAUUGUAUUUCACUGGUGAGGUUCAUUUUGUUAUUUGUUUUUGUUGUUGUUUUUAAUUAUUUUACCUUUUUAUGUUGUGCAUGGUACUGUGAUAUGAUGUAAGAUUUUACUUAUAAUUUUUUUCUUAGCUGAUAUGUGAUCAUUUUGGCAAAAAUCACAAUACACUCUCAAGAAAACUGUUAAAAACUGUGUGCCCUCUUAAAAUUUUGGGUUUAUCACAUUUCUUCCUCUCUUACAAUUAACUGUGUGACACAGGACAAUUCCCUCUUCUUUCCUCACCUCUCUGCCUCUCCACCCUCUCACCAACAAAAUACCAAACAUCCAAGGCAAAAUUAAUAACCUUCUGCAAUCAUUAUACCUGUCUUCAAAUUUUUAAAGCAUUAUCUGACUGUGGCUAGUCAGAAGAGUACAUCUUGACCAUGAGUGGACAAGUUUAUCAUGGUAUAGAACUAACAACUCAAGUUGAGCAAAGUUAAUUUUCUUCUUUACCACUUUAGUGCCCUUGACACCUUAACAAAGUACAGAGAGGGGCCAGCUGCUCAUUUGAUUGAUGUACUGUUUGGGAAUGUACCUCCUGGACCUCCGUUACAAAUCAGACCCUUCACAGAAGGAGGAGAGACGCCAUGCAUCUUCUUCAAUCAAAGUCUCGAUGAUUCACAGAGGCAAGCAGUUAGGUUUGCAUUGUGUCAGAGAGAAGUGGCCAUAGUUCAUGGUCCACCUGGGACUGGGAAAACUACAACUGUUGUUGAGAUUAUCACUCAGGCUGUGAAAAAUCUUAACAUGAAGGUAGAUGAAGAUUUAAGAUGUUUUGUUGAUUUUUGUCCCUAAACUUUAAGAGUGAGAGAUUUAAAGUACACAGGACUUCUUUAGAUUAGUGAUCCAUAAAGGGUGAAACUUAUCUCUCAACUCCUUUAUUGCCUGCUAGAUGUACUGUGUAUGUCACACAAUUUGGAUAUUGUGUGCCCAGAUGACAUACUCAGUAUGUCAAAAGUUUGAGAGUAACAGUCAAAUCUCUGGCACUGGAGAUGUAAAAUAAACUGGCCACUAAAACUUAAAGGAAGUUACAAUUUUGAAAAAUAUUUAAUCCAUUUGUAUUGGCACAGGACUUCUCAAUGGAGUUGGCAGUUAAGGAGUUAAACCUUUUAAAGAGUAACCUUAAUCUUUUAACUACCAGAAAUGAUUACAGGUAACAUGAUUAACAUGUAACUUAAUCAGGUAUUGGGAGUUAAAAGGUUAAGUGUAGGUUGGAUAUGUCAGUACAAUGGAACAAAAUUUUUAAUUAUUUUAUAAGUGAGUCAUUAAGCAAAGAGUUCCCCAGAAUUUGGUGAAUUUUGAGUUUGGUGAAGUUUAUAAGCCUAGGACUGCUCCUUCUCUGUCUCCAUGGAGGGGUCUGUCACUAUCCCUUUUCCUACUCCUCCCAGCUAGUUGUUCUUGUCUUCUCACAAUUCCCAUAUUUUUUCAAUCUUGUAUUAACAAUGGCUACACUUCAACUGCUGCAAAUGCUUUAAAAUACUUGUAGUGUUAAGUGAAGAUUGCUGUACUUAAUCCAUUUAAAGAAAAAAAAAGAAGAAUUUUGCCUCAGGUCAUCAUAUGUAUCUCAUGGCUCAAUUUCCUUCAAGGUAUUAGCUUGUGCGCCUUCAAAUGUUGCUGUUGACAACAUGGUUGAAAAAUUGAUUAAAGGCAAAGUUAAGGUAAUGUUUUAAUUACUAAUUUAAAGUAACUAUUCAGAAAAUUUUUAUGAAAUUGAAAUGUCCUGACAAAGGAAUUUCUCUCUCAAUUCACUUCAAUUUCAAAUACUUUUCAUAACAUGAGCAUUAACUUCCUAUGAUCAGAUAGCUGACAAAACUAUGCAGGGUAACCAACAAAUUUGACUGACUGACUCCUGAAUACAAACUGAGGUUCUUUUCUUGUAAUUGUAUUUGAUUACUGUGUUUCAGGUUGUGAGGAUUGGUCACCCUGCUCGACUGCUGAGUGUUGUUCAGGAUCAUUCCUUAGAUGCUUUGCUGUCUACUUCUGAAGGAACAGCCAUUGUGCGAGAUGUCAGAAAAGACAUUGAUGAUACAUUGGUAUGAACAAUUAAUAGCAUGUGCUGGUCCUUCAGGCCAUGGAGAUGAGCAAAAAUCAGCUAGGGUCUGGGAAAAAUGUAUGCUCUCUUUAGUCCCCUCUACCAAGGAGACUUAGGGGAAAAUAAACAUGCCAGAGGGAGAUUUGGUGUAACGCGAUAGUUAAUUUGAUUAGAUUUCAAGUAUACUUUUGUGCUGAACAUAAACAACCAUUUUUGUUUUCUUCCCACUCUAUUAUUUUCUUUGAAUGGAGUUUCCAGGAUGUUUAGCAACUUGCUUGCCCCAGGCUUAUGCUUUUCCUCACAAACUGUGUCUGGAAUAUAGACAGAAUUUCUUAUAAGAAGCUCUGCUUCUGUUGCAACUUGUCUUGGUUUUGAGGAAGAUCAAGGCAGUUAGAUAUAGAAAAGCUUGUUGCUUAAACAGAAUUCAUAAAUACUUGAUGGAUUUAAUGAAAGAUGUAUGAAAAGAAUCAUCAUUGCAAAUCAUUUGCUUUCCCAGCAACAUGGCUUCCUAUGAGCAAGGGUCUCUGUGAAUUCCAUAGAAGUUCAGAGCAAUUUUUGAGCUUAUUUACUUUUCAAUUGGCAAAUUUGAGAGCUUGAUGGAAGUUUUUAUACCUUUUGUCUUUUGGUUCCCUGCUGUCAUCAGUCAAAAGUAAGAAAAUCAAGGAGUCAAUCAGAAAAGAAGCACCUCAAACAAGAAAUAAAAUCUUUACGAGGAGAGCUGAAGCAAAGAGAGGAUAAAGCUGUCACAGAAAUUCUUACCAGCGCUGAUGUUGUCCUGGCAACCAAUACUAGUGCGUCAUCUGAUGGUCCCCUUAAACUUGUCAAGCAAGACCACUUUGAUUUGGUUGUUAUUGAUGAGGCUGCGCAAUCGCUCGAGGCUGGCUGCUGGAUACCUUUAUUACGGGCGUCAAGGUAAGCGAACACCACAGGAAACCCAGUACAUUUAUGAUGGCGAAGAUACAAUAUUUUUGAAAAACAGUAACAUAAGCUCUAGUCUUAACAAAAAAAGGUAAACAUGUGUAUACAACUGCAUUUUGAGAUUCACCCACCUAAUGGAGAGUAUCAUUAAUAACAGAUCAAAUGUUAGACAUAAUUUGAAUUGUGAAAAAGAAGCAAAUGUGAAUUGUGACAGAAUUACAUAUUUUAGGUGUUAGGAAAUUUAAACUAGUAUUGCUAUAAUUAGAUUCAAUUGUUGAAGGGUAAUAAGACCGUUAGCUGCAUAUUUUGUGUUUCUGCGGUGAAUUUCACUCACCCAAAAAACUGCGCACUGAACCAACCACAAUCGAAGUUUCCUGAAUUGUGUUAAGCGAGUAAGUGAGUCUCUUGGGGUAAGUGUAUUAUUUGCGCAAGUUUAAUUGUAUCUUUGCUUUUUUUUUUUUUUACUCAGGUGUGUUCUUGCAGGUGAUCAUCUUCAGUUACCUCCCACAAUAUUAUCCAAGAAAGCGGCCAAACAAGGGUUAGAUGUCACUUUAAUGGAGAGGCUCAUAAAAAUGCUGGGAGAUGGAGCCGUGCGCAUGUUAACAACGCAGUACAGGUUUGUAACAUUGUAAUUAUUGCACUUGGAAAGUGGAAAUUAUUUAUCUUUAAACAAGCGAAACGCUCCUUGUUCGCUCCGUGUUCUCGAGUGCCACGCAAUCCUAGUCAUUGAAGUUGUCCUUCAAAUGAAAAAGAAGGCAUUAUUUCUUUUUUUGUUACAAUCGUGUAUUUUUCUUGGUCGUAACGGCUUCAAAUCUUGAACUUCAAGGGUGAAAUCUCAUUAACAAAUCCCAAUCCACAUCCUGUGUAAUUUGUGCUGUGAAGGUGGAAUAAAUGUUUUAGCAAGUUUCUAGACCUGAACAUACCCCAUACCCUCCCCCUCACCCCGACGGUUUUACUCUGGUGCUGAGUGGUGGAGAGAACAACGGGCAGAAGGAACUUGGUUUCGAAUCCUGGCGGAAAACGACAGUUUUCUCUAUCGUUUUCUCGGGACUAAUAUAUCUUGAGUUAUCAAACGUAAAACAAAACAUGUUAAUUUUGUUACAGAAUGAAUGAGGCGAUUAUGAAGUGGUCGUCUGAAAAACUGUACGAUGGUCGACUUAACGCAGACAGCUCUGUGAAUUCACAUCUUUUAAAAGAUCUUCCUGGAGUUCAAGAAACAGACGAGACGUCAAUUCCACUUCUUUUGAUUGACACCGCGGGAUGUGACGUCAGAGAAAAGGAGGUGGAAGAUGAAGUGUCAAAAGGGAAUGAAGGCGAGGCUGACAUUGUCGCUGCGCAUGUCAUGGCGCUUAUGACGGCUGGGCUCCAACCUAAUGACAUCGCCGUCAUCGCACCUUACAACUUACAGGUAGAUUGAAACAGAUAACUUAGGUCUGACACGUCUAUUUUUGUUGAAAGGUUACCUUGGUAACUACAAAUUAUCAAAGACUCAGAUAAGCUUUGGAGAGGGAGGAUGGGGGUUUAUCAAUGCCAGGGCUUCCUGAAGCCCAUACAUCAGUGCCAGGGCUUCCUGAAGCACCAGAAAAGGCAAGGGAAUGAGCCGUCGUUAGUUUUUGGUUUUUGCAUCUGAUUGAAGGAGAGAGUAGCGCAAGUUUUCAGGACCAAUCACAGAGCGAAGUUAAAAUUUUUACUUUAAAUAUUUUUUCUUUUAAAUUUUCUUUUAUUCAUUUCUCUCUUUGCCCAAUACUUUUAAGGUGGAGCUACUCAGAUUACGUCUCUCUUCCAAGUAUCCAGCGUUAGAAAUCAAAUCUGUGGAUGGUUUUCAAGGAAGAGAGAAGGAAGCUGUUGUUAUAUCACUGGUCCGUUCGAACAAAAAGGGUAACAUACUUCAGCCUUUAUCAAAUUUGCUCCACUUACAAUCAAGUUAAUUCAAGUAUUGUGUUAAUAUUAUUUAGUUUUAUGGUUUUUUUUUCGGCUUUUCCUGCACUUUGAUAAAGCCCCACAAAACUUGAGCCUUCAAUUUUGCAUUUACGCAAUAACGAAGUGACUUUUAGUCCCCUUUGGAUACAAUUGGGCCAUAUAUGUAAGACAUUAAAUUGAUUUGAUUAUAACUACAUGACGGUUUAUUUUUAAAAGUAAAGUAAACCAACUCUUUCUUUUUUGUUUUUUUGCCUUUUUUGUUUGUUAGUUUUGGUUUUUUUGGUUCUCUUUUUGUAACCAUUCUCUUAUAAAAAUUUUUUAGAUAAUCCUGAAUCUAAGCUUAUGAUCCCACAUUGUCCUGAAAUUUGCUGUCACUGUGUACCAAAACUGAGCGCUUUUUUCUUCUCCAUGUAGCAACUGUUCAAAUGCCUUUUCAUCGAUCUUUUUUUUCUUUUAGGUGAAGUUGGUUUUCUCGCCGAACGCAGACGAAUUAACGUUGCAAUUACUCGAGCUCGUCGCCAUCUGGCUGUUGUUGCUGAUUCUGAGACUGUCAAUCAUGAUAACUUUCUAAAAUCCCUAAUGGAAUACAUGAGCAGCGAAGGAGAGGUGCGAUCGGCUCAUGAAUAUCUCCAGGAUUCACUUCCAACUAGUGUUAACUGUUACACGUACGAGCAGGACGAAGUUUCCAUGUCUGAAAUGACAGGUAAUGAAUGGAAAAAAAAGGGCACAGGAGAAACAAGACCCGAUUCUGAAGAACGAGAUGUAAAAGGAGAAAAGAACUUGAAAUCAAAAGAUAAUUCUGAAAGCGGAGAGGGCACAAGAAAAUUAGAAUUCAGCGGAGCUGAGGAGAAAAAAGAUGUUUCAUCGGUUGUUUCUGAUAAAGCAUCCAAUCUUACCGAAGAAAACAACGAACAAAUUUCUGGAAAGAAUGUAAAAAAAAUGAAGCAAGAAAAAAGUAAAAAUAUCAGUAAUGCGGUUACGGAUUACAGCCGUGAAAAUGUUGAAAAAGAAAUUGUAGCUUUCACUCAGGAUGCUACGAAGAAGGAGUUGAUUUUCCCGAAGUCGCUGAGCUCACAACAGAGGUUUGAUGUUCACAGUAUUGCAGAGAAGUUGUCUCUCUGUCAUGAAAGCCAUGGAGAGGGAAAGGAGAGGUAUAUCGUGGUUAGAAAAGUGAUAUCAGCUUCAAAAGGUUUGUUUUUACCCAUCCUUUCACCAACUUUAUUUGACAAGUUUAAAUUAAAUAAGUGUGUUUAUGCGAUAGUAGUUUUGCAAUGCACUGCGGGAAACUUUGACACACUCUCAAAAACCCACGUCUGGAAAUCAAUGCGAGGUUUCUGAUUGGUGGUUAAAUUCGCGCGAAAAUUUCAACUUAAGCGAUUGCAAAUCAGAAUUUUUCACAGGCUACUUUUCGAUGAAGGGUCGCUAACCAAGACUAAAUUGAUUAAAAUAGCCGAUUAAAGCGCACUGUAGGCAUAAGUAAACUGCUAGAAGCGCGAGUAAACGCGAAUGACCAGCUCGCGAUUGGUCAGUUUUAUUUUUGCUUCUAAUUGGCUGAGAUAGAAUGAACCAAGUGAAACACAUCCAAGGUAUUUCUGGGAUACUUUCGACGCCAAAGAAAAAUGUACCUUACAUUGCUGAUUUUGUUUGUGAGGCUUGUAUUAAUUUUGCCACCAAAUUUCGAGCAGAGUGCAUUGAUUGUAGCAGCAGACACCGAGCUCACGAAUAGGGCGGGAUUUUCCAAUUUCCCCAAAAUUUGUGCAGAGUUUAAUUAGGAUACGGCUUUUCGAGCAGAAUUUAUCAUUUUCAUGGAAACUCCCUUAGAAAAUGGACGCGUCACAUUUAUUUUCCAGAACCAGUCUCCGUGUCAAGUUCUUUUUCGCGUUUUUUUAAGCUACUGAACGUGUUUCACGGCAAUAUUUUGCCUUAGCGGGUAUGAGGCGGGAAAAGAUUUAGAGACAAGCAACGACUUUCUCCAGACCCUUAAUGGCUCACCGCAGGAGCCGUGGAGUUAGAAUGUUCAGAUUCUAAUAUUUCUCCGUCUUUUGUAGACGACGAAGAUGAUUCCGACCUUUUGAGCACAUGCUCCUUUUGCAAGAAACGAGUCCCAGCCUGUAAUCUCCAGCUACACUCUCUUCGCUGCGACCAGAUGCAGAGAUCUAAACUGGCCGAAACAAACAGAGCAGAAAGGAAUCAGGAGAUGUCGGCUCCGCCAAGUGCGAAGCCGCAAAAGACAAAACUUAAAACCAAAUCCUUGUCAGCGUUACAACCAGAAGAAGACUUUGACAAACUAUUGGCUUCUUUUACCAAAUUAGACACACAAUGUGGCUUCGACGGCUGCAAAAAAAGUAUUAGAACUCUUGGACAGUUGUGUAAAUGUUGUGAUGGUACGUUCUGCUUGUCUCAUCAUAUCCCCGAGGUUCAUGGUUGUGGUGAAGCGGCAAAAUUGAGAGCUAGACAACAAGCUAGCAAGCCAAAGGCGGGGAAACCAAAAGCUUUGGACGUGACUCGUAAAGCGCAGCUACAGAGAAAAUUGGACAAAAGACUUGAUGAUAUGUCGGAACAAAGGAAAUCAAAGCGUAAAGGAAAAGACAAUAAGUAAAAAGUUAGAACAAAGUGUCUGCAACAGGUCAUUAUCACAAAUCCCUCUUGCCGUGUUGUCUCCCGCUCAGACAAGUCCUUCAACUUUUUAAAUCGCUGUGAUCUUUCGCAAAAUUUGAGACCAGUUUUUGCUUUUCCGGUACCAAAGGCGGUUACCCAAGAGAGAGCUGACUGUAAUUGAGAAAGAGAAAUUUUGGCGCUGAUCAAAUUGUGUUAAAAAAGAAAAAUGUGAAAAUUUUGGAAGAUUUGAUUUAUGCGCUUGCUCUAGGUCUGUUAGGAAAGACUUACAUUUGCGCGUAAGUAUGAAGGCAAACAUAAGAAUACCCCUAUGGCACCGAGAGAGUUUUUAGCCUUCACCUAAAGUGUGUUAAGGAAAUAAAAGUUUAGAUUUUUAUGGUUUAAAAAAAGAACAAAAAAGCUAUGUAAAUGAGACAUGGUUUGAUGCUACACUGGUUUACAGUGUGUGCUCCGAUAAAGCAGAAUUUUCCUUUUUGCAAAGGAAAACCGCUUUUUGGUGCUCUUUUUGCUUUAUCGGAGCACAUAUGCCUAACUAACCAUACAAUUGAGCGGGAUAAUUCUAAAAUUAUCACCACUAAUCGGCGUUACCACCAGCGCCUUUGUUUGGAGGCUUGG